AUGGCUUUGGUCUUAGAAAUAUUAUUGUAUGCGGACUUUUUUGAAGUAUUAAAGAACACAGUACUCUCAGCUUUGCUUACAGUGUGCAAUUCUGCUGGUGAAGCUCUGGAUACUGGACAACAAACAGCAAUUAUGGAAGUUGGGAGUCAACUUUGGACUGUUUUAAACAUUAAACAGAUAAUAGGUCAACCUUACAUUCAGCAGACAUUCAGCCUUUUACUUGCACUGUUGGGAUUUUUCGUUCAAACUCUAGAUCCUCGGCUGAUAAUUCAGGUAGUAACUUUGCAGACCUCACUACUUAAAUUAGAACCUCCUGACCACGUUUGUUUGGCAAUGCUGACCUUUUUAUCUUCUCUAGGAAAUCUUUUUAUACCUCACACUAUCCAGGACAGAAUUCUGCCCAACAUGUCAUGUAUUUUUGCAUUACUACUAGCUGACAGGAAUUGGCUGCUAGAACAACAUACCUUAGAGGCGUUUACUCAGUUUGCCGAGGGAACAAAUCAUGAAGAGAUAGUUCCACAGUGUCUUAGUUCUGAAGAAACUAAGAACAAAGUUGUAUCCUUUCUGGAGAAGACUGGGUUUGUACAUGAAACUGAAGCUGCCAAAGUGGAACGUGUGAAGCAGGAAAAAGGUAUCUUCUGGGAACCCUUUGCCACGGUGACUGUAGAAGAAGUAAAGAGGCCACCUUUGCAGCCUUGUGCAAAAAGAGCUCGCCAUGAGUUCCCCUUGGAAGAAGAGUACAGGUCAGCACUGCAAACAGUAGCAGAGGCCUUGGAAGCAACGGAGUCAUUACUCCAAAAGGCUCCUGCUCCACCCUGGCUUCUAAUGGAAAUGGAGGCGCUCCAAGAAAGGAUUGAUAAGCUAAGACGUUGCAUACUCUAGGGUGAAACGCAGAUGGACUGCACCAUAUUAUCACUAGGCAGAACUGAUUUUGUCAACCUAAAAUAUAUUUUGUAAAUGAAAAUACUGAUGUAACUAUGUCUGUAUAUUUUCUAGCACAUAUAAAACAGCUUUUGUAAAUUGA